AUGUCAAGGGAUCCACUUGUUGUAGGCAAUGUGGUUGGGGAUAUCUUGGACCCAUUUAUCAAAUCAGCAUCACUCAGAGUGCUUUACAGCAAUAGGGAACUGACUAAUGGAUCUGAGCUCAAGCCUUCACAAGUAGCGAACGAGCCAAGGAUUGAGAUUGCUGGUCGUGACAUGAGGACACUUUACACUUUGGUGAUGGUGGAUCCUGACUCACCAAGUCCAAGCAAUCCAACCAAAAGAGAAUACCUUCAUUGGUUGGUGACGGACAUUCCAGAAACAACAAAUGCGAGCUUUGGAAAUGAGAUAGUCAGCUAUGAAAGUCCAAAGCCAACAGCGGGAAUACAUCGCUUUGUCUUUGUGCUUUUCCGUCAAUCUGUCCAACAGACCAUUUAUGCACCUGGAUGGCGACAAAAUUUUAACACAAGGGAUUUCUCGGCACUUUACAACCUAGGACCACCGGUGGCUGCCGUGUUCUUCAACUGCCAAAGAGAGAAUGGUUGUGGUGGCAGACGAUACAUUAGAUGAUAAGUUGGAUAAUGACAUUCCUCCUCUACAAACAGGAGGGUCGAUUGAAUGUUGCAUAAGGCCAAGCACACCAUAUAUGGGUAGUAAAUGCUGGACUGUAAUGCAACUUAAUUCUCAAUUACUUUGUGAUCUGUACAAACACUGACUACAGUGUUCCAGAAGAAAUGACCUUCA